UUCAGCUGUUUGUUAUUUAUUAAUUUUUUUUUGACACAACGUGGUUUGAAUUUUGUUUUUAUCUUUUCCAUAGUUGAAUGCAUUUUUAAAUUAUGCUUUUAUUUUGUCCGACUUGUGGUAAUAUACUAAUGGUCGAACAGGAUACAACAGGACACCGAUUUUCUUGUAAUACGUGCCCAUAUAUUUGCAAUAUAAAACGCAAGACAACAACACGAACAUUUCCACGUCUGAAAGAAGUGGAUCAUGUUAUGGGUGGAGCCGCUGCUUGGGAGAAUGUAGAUUCUACUGACGCUGAAUGUCCAGCUUGUUCUCAUAAAAAAGCCUACUUCAUGCAAAUGCAAACUCGAUCUGCAGAUGAGCCUAUGACCACUUUUUACAAGUGUUGUAAUCAACUUUGUGGACACAACUGGAGGGAUUAGUUUGGCUAUAUAUCCGUAAAAGUAAAAGUCAUAAAAUACUUUUUUACAUUCAAAUGAUUAUGAAGUUACCUGCGUUAUUGUGUGUUCCUCGUCAUCUACUCUACAGAAAUAACUAUACCACUUUCUCCAAAAUGCUGAGAGUUUCACAA